AUGUUGGCUACCGGUGGAACCAUCGCAAGACGGCUAAUCCACUCGUCGUGCCGAUUGGCGUGUGAAGGAAAAACGAAAGAAGUUCCGACUCCAGAAGAGGCUGGCUACGCUUUCAAUCAUGUCGAACGAAAAAAGGGAAUGUACAAGCCACAACACAGUAUCGCAGAACAAGUUUCCUACAUGAAAAGUCGAGCAUAUGCCGAAGCUUACAAAGGACUUCCGAUCUACAGAUGGUAUAAGAGAAAUAUCAAGGUUGGGCAAUCAAAACUGCAACCACCGCCAAGACUCUUCUGCAUUGAUAAACACGGACGGUUCAAUUUGAAUCAUGCGUGUCCAGUUUGCCGUGACGAGUACCUCUACUUUGACUACCGCAACCCAUCGCUCAUCGAACAAUUCCUCGCAGACGGCACCGAUCAGCCAAUCGAUAUUCUGAAAUCCGGAUUGUGCCGCGAGCAGUACACCCUGCUCCGCGCACAACUUCUAAAGGCCAAGGAACACGGAACGAUCCCUUUCGGAGUGGAAUUCCGAAAUUUCGACUAUCGUCAAUGGUACAAAAGUUGGACAGAGGAGCCGGGGAAGCCAGUGGAGAGAGCAGGUGUACGUCUUCAAGACAUUCAUCCGGAUCCGUUGGUUCAUUUCCCAACGUUCAAAAAUGACAAGAAUAAUGACUGGGAUCAGUGGUGGAUUCGACAUGACAAGUUUGCAAAGAAAGCUAAAUAA